AUGAUAUUCAAGAGGUUAUUUUCAGUUACAAGAUCAUUGAAGGAUAGUUUGAUUUUAAUCGAGGGAUCCAAAGGUCAAAUAAACCCAGCAUCCUUAUCCACUGUCUCGGCUGCCACCCAAAUUGGUGAGCCGAUAACGGCAUUGGUAGUCGAUCCUAGCAUAGCUGAAGGAGCUGCCAAGGUGGAGGGCGUUACCAAAGUGCUUAAAACUGGAAAACCAUACGAGCACUACUUAUCUGAACAAGUGAGCCCCUUAUUGAAGCAAUUGAUCGAUGGGAAAUUUACCCACUUUUUAAUCUCUGGCUCAUCUGUUGGAAAGUCAAUUUUACCCAGAUUGGGAGCCUUGCUAGACGUACAACCAUUGAGUGACAUUACAAAGGUAAUUGACGGCAAGACGUUUGUUCGUCCCAUUUACGCCGGGAAUGCUUUAGCCACUGUUGAAUCAACUGAUGGUGUAAUACUUGCAUCGGUUAGAGCAUCGGCUUUUGCGCCAGCAAAGGAACAAGAUGCCGCUCCGAUUGAGGAAAUUAGUGCAGAGGCUGAAUCAGGAAAUAGUGCCGAGUUUGUUUCUGAGGAUUUGGUUACAUCAGAAAGACCUGAAUUGGGCUCUGCCACUCGUGUGGUUGCCGGAGGUCGUGGGUUAAAGAAUAGAGAGACGUUUGAUGCGUUGAUCGAUCCUUUGGCCAAAAAGUUGAAUGCGGCAAUUGGUGCAUCAAGGGCAGCUGUUGACUCUGGAUUCUGUGACAACUCCUUGCAAGUUGGACAAACUGGAAAGAUCGUUGCUCCUGAAUUGUACAUUGCAAUUGGUAUAUCCGGUGCUAUUCAACAUUUAGCUGGUAUGAAGGAUGCAAAGGUUAUCGUUGCUAUCAAUAAAGAUGCAGAAGCUCCAAUCUUUAAUGUUGCUGAUAUUGGCCUUGUUGGUGAUCUUGACACUAUAGUGCCUGAAUUGACUGAAAAGAUUUAG